AUGGCCGAAAUACAACCAUCCAACUCGCAUUUUCACCCCACGAGACUUACAGGAGAGGCCGAUGAAUCCGACGUCGCUAUGUCCGGCGCUGAUGACCCGAGUAUCGACGCAGCCCACACGCCGUAUAGUCAGACCGAAAUUGACGAAGACAGAGACCGAGACAUCAACGAGGGCGAAGACCGGGAAAACACUGGCCAAGACAUUAGCGAGGGUGACAAUGAUGACAUCGAUGACGACGACGAAGACCACGGUGACGAUGAAGCGCACCGAUAUUCUGAUGGAGAACUGGAUGAAUCUUUCCAAACCAGGUUUGCUACGCCGCAUCGAGGUUCCGGUUUACCUGUUGCUUUGUCUAUGUUGGGCGGCAUGUUGUCAAUGUCGGGUAUCAGUGGCCGUUUGAGGGAGAUUUUGAACAAUCUUCGGCGGGAAGCGGAUCCGUCUGUUCAAUUGAUUGCCUUGCAAGAUUUAUCAGAGAUCUUGCUUGUAUCCAACGAAGAUAACUUGAUCGGCAACUUCUCACCCGACCCCUACGUGCGAGACCUUGUCGCUCUCAUGCAGCCAAACGAAAUCACGGGGGAAGAAAACCCUGAAAUGAUGCUGCUAGCGUGUCGGUGUCUUGCGAACCUAAUGGAAGCGAUACCCGCAAGCGCAGCCAACGUGGUGUAUGGCGGGGCCGUCCCUGUUCUGUGCCAAAAGCUUCUUGAGAUAUCUUUCAUCGACGUCGCUGAACAGGCUCUUAGCACCCUUGAGAAAAUCUCUGUCGAAUACCCUUCCCAGAUUGUUCGAGAAGGCGGCCUAACUGCAUGUCUUUCUUACUUGGAAUUUUUUGCUACCAGCACGCAACGGACUGCCGUGACGACGGCUGCGAACUGCUGUCGAAAUAUCCCUGAGGACUCGUUUCCGGAGGUUCGCGAUGUUAUGCCUAUCUUGUUGAAUGUUCUCUACAGCAACGACCAGCGAGUUGUCGAGCAAGCGGCACUGUGUGUGUCUCGCAUUGUUGAGUGUUUCAAACAAUAUCCACCUAAACUUGAAGAGCUGGUGGGUGUUGACCUGCUGAAGGCCAUUUUAAGGUUACUCUUACCUAGCUCGACCAACCACUUUAUUGGACCAAGCCUCCACACACAGUUUUUACGUGUCCUGGCAAUUACCGCCGACGACAGCCCGCUCCUUGCAGCCGAACUCUUCAAAAUGAACGUUGUCGAAACGCUUUACCAGAGCCUAACCGGCGUGUCGCCCCCUGCAGGAGUCGACGACAUUGCUGCCAAAUUGGACAGUGUUCUUGUUAUGCAAGCUUUGAUCCAUCGGCCAAAAGAACAAAUUAUCGAGACUCUCAAUGUUGUCUGCAACCUACUACCGAAGGAAUCCGCUGCUGUUCCAGUUGACUCUGUAAUUGCCAGCAUGAGGAGCGGGCAUACGCAGACUCAGAGCAGCUUAGGAACAAACGAGGUGAACUUUUCCUCUUCAAUUCCCGAAUCAAACAGGCUGAGGCUCAGAUUCUUGAGAGAUUGCCAAGCAGAGGUCCGGCGAUUUACCCUCAUUCUUUUGCCUACUUUGAUAGAUGCCUACUCGAGCACUGUGAAUUUGGAGAUUCGAAUGAGGGUCUUGGCGGCGCAGAUAAGAAUCCUUUCCAAUUUCGACAAGGUUAUCAUUUUGGAAGCGCUUGAAGCCGUUCCCUUUGCCUCAUUUCUGGCCUCUAUUCUGUCUCAACAAGACCACACCUCUUUAGUUAGCUACGCAUUGCAGGCUACUGAAUUGCUCUUAAGCCGGCUUGGCGAUAUAUACAGAUAUCAGCUAUAUCGCGAGGGUGUAAUAAGCGAGAUCGAAAAGAUUGCGGGUCUCCCGGCAAAUGGUGACCACGAGUUAUCGCUGCUCGCGCAUGGUUACCCAGCUCUGGAUGCCAUUCAUUCCACCGUUCACAAUACUGGCCACCAGUCGCCCACAGGGAUUUACAAUCACAAACAAGGAGACAAUGUCGACCUCAUUUCAAAUCCAGACCAUGAGGAGCGAACUUAUCAAGGGCGGAACUACGCUUAUGACAGCGACAAUUUCAAUGGACUUUCUAGCUACACAGGCUUAGAGUUAGAGGACGAAGACAGCAACGAGGACAUUGAUGAAGCCGUUGUUGGACAAGUCUUGUCCCAGCACUAUGCCAACGUUGAUGGUGCUGAUGUCGACCGAGUUGACGAUGAAAUGGGCGACGAAGAGGAAGAACUCCGGAAUAGUGAGGAAGGCAUGGAUGCCCAGCCUAGAGGACGUGGCAGUCGCGAUGGAGGUCACGAUGACGAAGUGGAAGGCUCAUCGGCAAGCUCUGGAAAUUCCAUGGUGUCUGAUGAAGCUCCCGCACGACAGCGACGUUUGGAGAACACUCCUUCGCAAGCCCAAAUACGUGAUUUUGCUAGGGAUUUCCUUGCCAGGCAUGAAAUCGAAAGGAAUGAAGAUUCCAUGCGAACAAAAGCGACGCAGACAUUAACAAGUCUCUCGUCAUUGGCGGACGACAUAUCAACAUUAUACUUGGAACGAAAAUCUGCAGUCUCCGCCGACGAAGGUUGCAAACUUUUUACAAGGCUGGCAACUUACUUUGACUCAAACGUCUUUGACAGUGCGACGAGCGCAGAACUGCUAGGGUCCGGAUUGGUCAAUGUUCUUGACAAAGUUUUUGGAAAUCGAGACGAGCACCUCGCCAAUGCAGCCCAAGCAGCAUUCCUCGAUUGCUUUACUAGCCGCCCUGUUAGGUCUCGCACCAGAACGCAUGUAACGGAGAUGCCGAUUACACCGUUCAGCAUUCUUGUCCAUAAAUUACAAGACCUUCUCAGCAGAUCUGAACAUUUUGAAGUUAUCACGGUACACGACAACGCAUUCGAUGGAAAUCAUACUAGUGCUGCAUCAAUGUUAGCAAAGCAAAUCCGGCUGCGCUUGGUGGCAGACGAUGACGCCGGGGUACCGCGUGCUUUCCGAAGCAUCAUGGUUUCGAUUCAUGCUAUCGCGACUUUCAAAAUUCUGGAAGACUACUUGCGGCCCAGAAUUAGCUUGACGGACCGAUCUCGCUUCUUAAGACGGGACGGACUUUCUAGAGCUCUUGCUGCCAUGGCUGAUGCGAGCGUUGAACAUACGGAGACUGCCUUGGCAGCGCGCCUCGUGAAGCGAGAUUCAAAUUUAGGUUCCAAGACCCCUAUAAUGCCCGAAGUUCUCACUGAUGGGUCUGAGACUCAAGAGAGCUCAACUUUGCAUGUCUCACGCCAUGCUCAAAAUGAUCACCAGACCUCUCCAAUGACACGCUCCCAGUCACAACGCGACGUUGGCAAAACGAAGUCCAGCACUCGCCCAAAUUCUAACCCUCUAUCAGUUCCAUCUGGUGUAGGGUUUGAUGCCGAAAGCAAACCCGGCCUCCGUCGAUCAUCUCGCCACCAUACCAACUCAUCCAACUUCAGAGAGCCAGUACAUCCACAAAUCGAGGGCAAUGCACUUGCCAAGGCUUUGGAGUGUAAUGGUGAGAGGCGAAUUUCAGAGCAUGGAGAACUGGAUCUCCCGGUGACAAAUGCCAUGGAGACCAUAGACAGUGGACUUGACGAGGAUAUGAAAAGCAGCGAUGACCGCAGUUCGUCUGCGGUGAACCUGGAGUUUGAGACUGGUGGGAAAAUCACAAGGCAGGCAGUUGGUACUCGCUUACUUAAACCAUCGCAAGGCUCAGCGAAGGACGCGAGCACCAGUUCCAGUGUUUUGACAACCGCCUUGCACGGUAUGUCUCCUGAACCUGCAAAGUCAAGUACCUUGCCAUCAUCCUCACAUAAAUCGGCAUUGCAGUCCACUUCCCAAGACUGGCACUUUGAGUUCAGUCUGGACGGGAGAACUGUGUCUUCGGACAGCACGGUGUAUAGGGCGGUUCUCAAUUCUACUGCUGUUAGUGACGAACAACCGAGUCGGUCUGUUUGGUCCACGAUCCAUACGGUGCGCUAUCGUCGCAUACCAGGUCCCCAAUCCCAGGAACCUUCUGCAUUUGGUUUCCCGGGCGUUGAUAACAGAAGUUUUGGAAGCAGCCUUAGUGAAUCAACUGGUUCAGCUGCUCAAGACGGCUUCGGCAACAGUGUGUCAGUGGGCGCUCUCAAAAACGUUGCCAUCACCACGUCGAUUCUCCGACUUCUUAAAAACCUGCAUGAUUUGAACGCCAAUAUUGAUGAUAUAUUGGUUUCAAGCAAAGAGCCCUCCAAGCCAAACGCUGAGCCAUUGCUGCAGUUCGUCAACACGAAACUUACAGCAAAGCUGAACCGCCAACUGGAAGAACCACUCAUUGUAGCCAGCAACUGCCUGCCUAACUGGAGUGAGGAUCUAGCAAGGAUGUACCCGUUCUUGUUUCCCUUUGAGACUCGUCACCUCUUUUUGCAGUCUACCUCGUUUGGAUACGCCCGUUCUAUGGCACGAUGGCAGAAUGCACAGGUGCAAGACGAGUCACGCGGCGUUCGCCGUGACGAUCGCCCUUUUCUGGGACGCCUCCAAAGGCAAAAGGUUAGGAUUUCCAGGUCGAAGAUACUCGAAUCGGCAGUGAAAGUCAUGGAGCUUUAUGGGACCUCGCAGAGCAUACUUGAAGUUGAAUAUUUCGAAGAAGUGGGUACUGGGCUGGGGCCAACUCUCGAAUUUUAUUCUACUGUUUCGAGGGAAUUUUCUAAGAAGAAACUUAGGCUUUGGCGGGACAAUGAUCUUGGGGACUCUGAGUUUGUGUCGGGACCGAACGGACUGUUCCCACGUCCUAUUUCUGCAGAAGAUGCAGAGGGUACGAACGGCGAGCGCUUGAUGAGCCUUUUCAAAGCACUGGGCAGGUUUGUGGCCAGGUCUAUGCUUGAUUCACGCAUCAUUGAUAUCAACUUCAACCCUAUCUUCUUCCGCAUAGGAAACGAAUCCCAGGGGAUGCGGCCAUCUCUUGGUGCUGUAAAAGUUGUUGACCCGACGUUGGCUCGAUCGCUUUUACUCAUCAAGAAGUUUGCGAAUGCUAAGAAGGUUAUCGAAGAGGGUGUUGAUCUGUCAGCUACUGAAAAGGCGGCUGGCAUUCAGGCCAUCACUAUUGACGACACCAGCAUCGACGACCUUUCCCUUGAUUUCACCUUGCCCGGCUACCCAGAUAUUGAGCUGAUUCCGGGAGGCUGCCAUAUCAGCGUUACCAUGAGUAAUGUUGAUACAUAUGUUGACAAGGUUGUGGCGAUGACCUUAGAAGGAGGCGUGCGAUUGCAAGUGGACGCUUUUCGCAAAGGCUUUUCGGAAGUGUUUCCGUAUUCUGCCCUGAGUGCAUUCACACCUGACGAGCUUGUGUCACUUUUCGGUCACGUGGACGAAGAUUGGUCCCUUGAAACACUUUCGGAUUCUAUUAAAGCCGACCACGGCUUCAACAUGGAUAGCCGGAACGUCAAAAAUCUUCUCCAAGUCAUGAGCGAAAUGUCGCUAGUCGAAAGGCGCGAAUUCCUGCAAUUCGCAACAGGGAGUCCGAGGCUCCCCAUUGGUGGAUUCCGCAGCUUGACGCCUAUGUUCACAGUGGUUUGCAAGCCCAGUGAGGCGCCAUACUCGUCGGACGAUUAUCUCCCAAGUGUGAUGACCUGUGUUAAUUAUCUCAAGCUUCCUGACUAUACCAGCAUCGAUGUUCUCCGAAAGCAACUUUUCACAGCCAUCAAGGAGGGACAGGGUGCUUUCCACCUCUCGUGA